AUGGCUGUGGUCAACAUGGCCGUGGUCAACUUGGCUGGCAACACGGCGACCGUCAGUCAACAUGGAGACAGGGUCAUGGCUAGCACGGCGGCAGUCUAUCAAGAUGGGACAGAGGUUCAUGGCUGUGGACAACUUGAACAUGGCAGCACGGUGGACGUCUAUCUAGUUUGA